AUGAGGGGGAGGAGGGCACGGGACAGAGCUGGAGAGGUUGGGGGGGCGCCGGAGCCGCCGCCGUCGCUUCCUCACCCCUCUGUCCCGCCCCGCGAGGGGAAGCGGGCGGGGAGGCAGGAGGCGCCCCUUCCUCCGAAGUUUGUUGGUGAGCUGGGCUGGAGCGCGGACGGGGCAGCGCGGGCUCCCCUCAGCGGCCCUGGCUCUGAGGUGCCGGUGACGGCCAGCGCCGGGACCGUUUCCCGCCCUCCGGGCCCCGCGGCGGUGUGUGGGGACGAGGGGGCGGCCGUCUCCCCCGGGCUAGUGCGGCGCAGGGGAAAGCCCUCGCCGUGGAAACCGGUCCUCACGGGGCCAGCCGCUCAGGUCGAGAAAAUCUUCAUUAAAAAACUAGCUAAAACCCACUACGAAGCCACUCCUUUUGCUGUAAGUGUAGUUCCUGAAGGUGCAGAAGAUGAGGCUGAACUACCAGUGCUGAAGAAGUCUGAAAAAAAUGGAACAACUAGUAAAAUAAGCAGAGAAUUAAAAGAAAUUGUAUUUAUCAUCCAGAGUCAAAGUAAUUCUUUUCAUUCCAAGAGAGCAGAAGAUCUAAAAAGAGAUAUUUUAAAACAGGCUGCAGAUCUUGGAAAGGAAUUACCUACGGUUCUGCUUAUUCAUGAGAUGGACGGGCACGAAGGUGCAUGGACAAUAUUACCGUUAAUGAGAGACUUCUCUGUUACCUAUGGUAGGAACUCCUCAUGGAUUUUCUUCUGUGAAGAAGAUACAAGAAUACAAGUUGUAAAGCUGCUAGAAACACUUGGAAGAUUUGACGAGUCUAAGGAGUGGUUUUUAGGUAAAGCAUUAUAUGAUGAAGAAUCUACAAUAAUUCACCAUUAUGCCUUUGCUGAAAAUCCUACAGUCUUCAAAUUUCCAGAUUUUGCUGCUGGUUGGGCACUUAGCAUUCCACUUGUUAACAAGCUUGCAAAGAAGUUGAAAAGUGAACCACUCAAGUCCGACUUUACGAUAGAUUUAAAGCAUGAGAUUGCCCUGUAUAUUUGGCAGAAAGGGGAAGGACCACAUCUUACUCCAGUGCCUGAGUUCUGCACAGAUGAUGUGAACUCGUAUAAGGUUGAUCAUUGUGCAACAACAUUCAGUAAUUUUCUGCCACUUUGUGGAGAGCCAGUGAAAAAGGAAGAUGUUUUUGUUGCUGUAAAAACAUGUCGGAAAUUUCAUGGUGACAGAAUACCAGUUGUAAAGCAGACUUGGGAAAGAGAAGCUGCCCUUAUCGAAUACUACAGUGAUUACGCAGACAUCUCCAUUCCUACUAUAGAUUUAGGCGUACCUAAUACUGACAGAGGUCACUGUGGCAAAACUUUUGCCAUUUUGGAAAGGUUUUUGAAUCAUAGCUCUCCCAGAACUCCUUGGUUAGUCAUAGUGGAUGAUGACACACUGAUAAGUAUCUUCAGACUCCGAAAAUUGCUCAGCUGCUAUGACCCAAAUGAACCAGUAUUUCUCGGAGAGCGUUACGGUUACGGCUUGGGAACAGGAGGAUAUAGUUAUAUCACUGGUGGAGGAGGGAUGGUUUUCAGCAGAAUAGCUGUUCAGAAACUACUUGCUAGUAAAUGCCGAUGUUACAGCACGGAUGCUCCCGAUGAUAUGGUCCUUGGGAUGUGUUUCAGUGGCUUAGGAAUCCCUAUAACACAUAGUCCACUUUUCCACCAGGCACGGCCAAUGGACUACCCAAAAGGCUACCUUUCUCACCAAAUCCCAGUAUCAUUUCACAAGCAUUGGAAUAUUGAUCCAGUGAAGGUAUAUUUCACAUGGCUGGCACCAAGCACAGAAGAGUCACUUAACGGAAAGAAAGUUGGAUAUAACAGGGAGGAUUUAUAAGCAGUAGAAGAAUUUAGGUGUUGAUUAACGUACUGCAGAUGAGAGACAGUCACUACUGUGAUUUUUGUGGUGUUCUCACGUUGUUCAUCUGUUCAUGACAUAGAAGACAAUGUUUUGUUCCUGCUUGUUACAUUCCUUCAGAGCAAUGGAAGAAGGCACCUAACUGACUUUUGGAUUCUUUGUUACACUUGGUUUCUUUCUAAAAUGUUUUUGGGCUUUGUAUACCAAUGAACUUGACACACAUUUAAAAUGUCUCGUACAACUCUGUGUUCUGGUUUGGGCUUUGAGUCAGACAGCAUCAAUUUACAUCUCCUUCCUUUGUUCUCUGAAAAGCUGAAGUGAUGUAUUUGGGAGCCUAAUAUUGAACAUGUGUUGAACAUCUAUUGAACGUCAUCUCUCACUGACCUACAGAAAACAGUUGUCUAAACUGUUCUGGAACAGGUUCUUGAUAAAUCAGAGAGGAGACAUGACACCGUUUCUGUGACCAGGAGCUAGACUGUGUGAAGGCUGUGUUCCUUUAUACUCCUUUCAAAUAGAAACAUUGUCGUUUCCUGGUAAAGGUGGACCAAACACGAACCACUGUUGUACCUUUUAAGUUUAUUAGCAUUUGUGAGGAAUGUCAUGUUCAAAAUCGAAAAAAAGGUUAAGGACAGGGAUUUCUUAAGUGGCCACGGGAGGUCACUGUGGCUCCUUUAGAAACCUAAGUCACCGUGUAUCUAUUUGGCAAGUAUAAAUGUGACUCUUAAGGAUUUUUGCAGAACUAACACUUCAGUAUUUCUGAUGUGUGCAUUUCAAUAGUAUAUGGAUCCCAGCUUUAAUAUUUUGUAGUAUUCCUAAUUUAUAUCAUCAAGAUAAGUAAUUUUAUGCAUACGACAUGUAAAGAGUGUUUCAUAUUUAAAAUGUUCUUAAUUUUUUUUCUUUGAGUAAUUCAGUUUUGUAAAAAUGUUUGUACAAAAACUGGCUUUAGUACAUUCUAAACUAAUUUUUAUACUGUAAAACUGCUCCUUUUAAGAUGACAGUAUAUGGCGCUUGUAUGCUGUUAUUUAACUUCACUUGCUAUAUUGUAACCAAAUACAGGGUCUUAAAGCCAUACUGCUAAAGUAAUUUGUGUUUUGUUUUCUUUUAGUAGGUUAAAAAUUGAUUCCACUCCAAAGUAAUGCAAUACUUGCUCUUAAGUCAAAGUAGGGGAGCCACUGAGUCCUGUUUCAGUAAUUACUGAAGUUGUAUAAACAUUUGUUUGUGAAUGUAGCUUGUGGAAUUUUAAGCACUUGAAUAGCAAGCACAUAUUCUUAAUAGAUUCAAAAUCUGAUUAAAUAGGAGCAAUCCAUAUUAUGUCUUUUUUUUUCUUUUUAUUUCCCACUACCAGUGCCUUAAACAGUAGACAUUUUACUGAUACCAGGACUAUGUUCUCCGGUACCAUGGGUGAAUUGUUAAUUGUGUUUACUGUUUAGAACUGUGAGAGCUGAAAGCUGAAUAAAAGC